UUAACCAGCUGUCAACGAAAAUCCAUAACUGCGGUCGAAAUAUUGAUGAGGAUUCGGCUCCGGUCCAGUCCGUUACAUUCAUCGGAAAAGGUUGCUCGAGAAAUUGGAUUUGCAAACACGGAGGACAACAGAAAGCAGAAUGCUUCCUGCUGCUCGCCCUAAAAAACGCAAGUUCCGAGGAUUUGGACGAGUUGCGCAGCUCGGAACCGGGUCGGGAUUCGGGACCGUGGGCUUAAACUUUCAAGCCCCGCCCCACUUCCUGCGCGCUUUUCUUGCCAGUGCAAAGCUUCUUCCGGUGUCUUGACAAGCGUGUCUAAGUCGAAUUUAUGAUUAUUAUGAAAUAAAAAGGUUUGAUAAUCACAUUAGAGACAGUGAGACUGAUGUGCACGUAAAAACAUGAAUUAAUUUCCAUUUCUAUGAAUUGUGCUUGACUGACAGUUGCUGGCGAAUCACAAGCGACCAACAUGAACAACAACAAACGAUGAGGGCAACGAACCAAUGAGUCGCUUCACUUAAGUCCCUCCCCCGCCUGCUCAUUGGUCAUUCGCCGAAGUGAGCGACAACGCGGACCAACAGCAAAUCAAAAUAGAAACGUCCAAACGCCGACUGCUCGUUGGUCAUUCGCCAAAGAUUCGGAAGUGAGUGAGGGUUCGGCGGUUCCGUUUCCGCUCCCGGCCGACUCGAGCGCCUCACGGCGGCCAAGCUCGGAAUGAAAUCGUUUCCUGAACGGAGAGUUCAACAGUUGUUUCGCUAAAAAAAAAAAAAAAAAUGUCGUCCUAGACAAUGAAAUACGAUCGAAAGUAUUUUGUCUCCACAUUCGGCUUCGCACGGAGCUGUCGUCUGAGCGAUGGUUGAAAUGUCAAAAUAAGACGAAGAGAGUUGAGUAACCUCCGCGCAGGGCGCCGACGAUCCUCGGGUGGAGCUCCAGCUGCUUCCACGUCGUCGACAUCUUGUCCCUCUUUACGAGCUGCUUCCACGUCGUCGACAACUUGUCCGUCUUUACAAGUUCGCCAUUCUGCGCAAUUUGCUCUUCGGCCACUUUGCUUGGCAGUUGGUUCUCCCGCGCCGGCCACGUCAUCAACCUGCGCCGCUUGGCAGCUUUCCAUCCGGCCCUCGGCGGAGGCUGCGCCAGGAAACGGUCCACAAGUAAAAUGGCGCCGCGGUGAUCGAUACCGCAUCGAUAUGUCGAUCGAUGAGCUCGGAGGAAAAAGGGCCGGCUUCGAAGCGGCGACUUGGGCCGAGUGACGUCAUCUGACCGCGAAAAGAAACUAAACAUUGCUCAGUCGGUCUCAAACGAGAAUUUGAAGGCGAAACAUGACGACAGACACCCGAGGCCGUCGCGCAUCUUUCUGAACGUCCCAAUUCAACUCUUGUUGUUGCUCUCCGACUUUGACCGCGCAAUGAGCUCCAGACAAUGCAGGACCUGCGGGGGCGCAGACAUCGACGUGGACCAGGCCCGGGGCAGCGCGGUUUGCACCGGCUGCGGUUCGGUUCUGGAGGACAACAUCAUCGUCUCCGAGGUCCAGUUUGUGGAAGUAAGCGGAGGAGUGUCCUCUGCCGUGGGACAGUUCGUCUCCACUGAUGGUCCGGCAAAGACUCCGCUGCUCGGUUCCGGUUUCCACACGAGUGUCGGGAAAGAGUCCCGAGCGCAGACGCUGCAAAGUGGCCGACGGCAGAUCCAUCACCUCGGCAACCAGCUGCAGCUCAACCAGCACUGCCUGGACACGGCCUUCAACUUCUUCAAGAUGGUGGUCAGCAGACACCUGACGCGCGGACGCAAAACCGAGCACGUCAUCGCCGCCUGCCUCUACCUGGUGUGUCGCACCGAGGGGACGCCGCACAUGUUGCUGGAUCUGAGCGACCUGCUGCAGGUGAACGUUUACAUGCUGGGGAAAACCUUCCUGUUGCUGGCUCGCGAGCUGUGCAUCAACGCCCCCGCCAUCGAUCCGUGCCUGCUGAUACCUCGCUUCGCUCACAUGCUGGAGUUCGGGGUGAAGACUCACGACGUUUCCAUGACGGCCCUUCGUCUGGUUCAGAGGAUGAAGAGGGACUGGAUGCACACGGGCCGCCGUCCCUCCGGACUGUGCGGCGCCGCCCUCCUGGUGGCGGCCCGCAUGCACAAGUUCCGGCGAACGGUGAAGGACGUGAUCUGCGUGGUCAAAGUGUGCCAGGCCACGCUGAGGAGGAGGCUGACCGAGUUUGAGGACACGCCCACCGGUCAGCUGACCGUCGACGAGUUCAUGAAGGUGGACCUGGAGCAGGAAUGCGACCCGCCGUCCUUCAGCGCCGCUCAGCACAAGACCAAGAUGCAGCAACUGGAGCGGGAGCUGACCAAGAAGUUGGACGAGGUCGAAGGAGAGAUCAACUGCUACCAAGACCAGAUCGAGAGCGAGCUGGAGAAGAGCCGCCCCAAACUCCAGGGGAUCUACGCCGCCUACGUGUGCAAAACGGAGCCUCGAGACGAGGACAUCCCGGAGCCUUCGUUGUCCGACGCCGAAGAUGGCGACCUCCAGUGCGCCGCCCGUCACCUCACGCAGAACUUCCUGUGCCAAGUGAUGCGAGAAGAGGAAGGGCGGGGCCAGAAGGACGCCGACGCCCCCGUUGCCGCUGUUCUGGAAAGUUCUGCCGCUUUGGAGCUGCAGCAGAGCUUCCGGAUCUUCAAGGAGGACCACGCGGGCGGCGACGUGUCGGACGGAGACGAGAACCCGGAGGGCGGCGACCUGGAUCUGGACGGGAUCGACGAGCGGGAGAUCGACAAGUACAUCCUGAGCGACAAGGAAGUCCAGGUCAAGACCCGCCUGUGGAUGCAGCAGAACCAGGAAUACCUCCAAGAGCAGAAAGAAAAAGAAGAACGAAUUCGAAAGGAGAAGGAACAGGGCACGUACAAAGAGAAGGUCAGCAAGCCGGCCGAGAAGAAGAAGAAGAAGAAGAAGAAGGACAGCAUCCAGGCGUCGACGGCGGGCGAGGCCAUCAAGAAGAUGCUGCAGAGGAAGAAGAUCUCCAGCAAGAUCAACUACGACGUCCUCAAAGACCUCAACGGCGACGAGACCCCGCCCGGGCCUCCCGCCGGGAAAAAACGCCGCGGCAAGAAGACGGACGGCGAGGCCGUCGCGGACAUGGCCGCCGGCGCCUGCGUCAUGGAGAAGAGGCUGGGGCCGCUGUUCUCGGGACCGGCCGACGAGAUCAAGGCGGACCGGACCCGGCGCGCGGUCCCCGCGACGACGGAAGCCCCCGCGGCGCCGGAGACGGAAGACGAGGAGAAGACGGACGAAGACGACGAGGACGAGGAGGAUUGCGCCGGCGCUCUGCGGCUCGCCACCUAUUUUGGCUGCGGCGGCGCCGACGAGGACGACGAGACCUUCUAGCUGCGUCGUGCCGUGCGGAGGUUUUUGCGUCCCCGUCGAAUGUGGCCAAGCGCGCGUUUGCGUUUGUUUGGGCCGACUGCACUUUUGUGAAGUUUUCAAAUUGCCCUCCAUAAUGUUGUUCUUUUUACAUUCAAUACAAUGAAACUGGUUUUCGUCA